CUUCAAUCUUCCUAGCAUUUCUGAAUAAUUUAGCCCACAUUGUAAUUUGCAACCAUGAAGUGGGUAACGUUAAUUUCGUUUAUUUUCCUCUUUAGUUCUGCUACGUCCAGGAAUCUGGAAAGAUUUCCUCGAGAUGCAGAGCACAAGAGUGAGAUCGUCCAUCGCUACAAUGAUUUGAAGGAAGAGACAUUUAAGGCAGUCACCAUGAUCACAUUUGCCCAGUACCUCCAGAGAUGUUCUUAUGAAGGACUGUCCAAGCUGGUGAAGGAUGUUGUUGAUCUGGCACAGAAGUGUGUAGCCAACGAGGAUGCUCCCGAGUGCACAAAAUCACUGCCCACCAUUUUCCUGGAUGAAAUCUGCCAAGUCGAAAAGCUCCGCGACACGUACGGAGACAUGGCUGACUGCUGCAGUAAAGCUGAUCCUGAAAGAAAUGAGUGUUUCCUGUCAUUUAAAGUUCCCCAGCCAGACUUCGUUCAGCCAUACCAGAGACCAGCCUCUGAUGUCAUAUGCAAGGAGUACCAGGACAACCGGGUGCCAUUCCUGGGACAUUUCAUCUAUACUGUUGCAAGAAGAAACCCCUUCUUGUACUCCCCAACGAUCCUCAGCCUGGCUGCUGACUACGAACAUGCCCUCCAGAGCUGCUGUGCAGGGAGUGAUGUUGGUGCUUGCUUGGAUGAGAAGGAAAUUGCCAUUAAAGAAAGAGCCAAGAAAGUCAAUAUGAAGCAGCAGUAUUCUUGUGGAAUCCUCAAGAAGUUUGGCGAGAGAACUUUCAAAGGAAAUAUGCUUGCUCGCCUGAGCCAGAAAUAUCCCAAGGCUCCAUUCUCAGAAAUUCUUAAAAUUCUGGGUGAUGCUAAGGAGAUCUACAAGGAGUGCUGCGAGGGGGACAUGCUGGAGUGCAUGGAUGACAGGGCAGAGCUUAUGACCUACAUAUGCUCUAAACAAGAUGUUUUCUCAAGUAAAAUCAAAGAGUGCUGUGAGAAGCCAGUUGUGGAACGAAGCCAGUGCAUUAUUGAAUCAGAAUUUGAUGAGAAACCUGCAGAUCUGCCUUCCCUAGUUGAAAAAUACAUACAAGAUAAGGAAGUGUGCAAGAGCUACGAGGCAGGCCAUGAUGAAUUCUUGUCAGAGUUUGUCUAUGAAUACUCACGAAGACACCCUGAGUUCUCCACGCAGCUGAUUCUGAGAAUCACUAAGGGCUAUGAAACACUCCUGGAUAAGUGCUGCAAAACGGACAACCCUGCCGAGUGCUACGGAAACGCUCAAGAGGAACUGAACAAACAUAUUCAAGAAACUCAGGAUGUUGUAAAGACAAACUGUGAAAUUCUCACUACCCAUGGCGAGGCCGACUUCCUUAAAGCACUUCUGAUCCGCUACACCAAGAAAAUGCCUCAGGUGUCCACCGAUACCUUGCUUGAAAUUGGGAAGAAAAUGACAAAGGUUGGCACUAAGUGCUGCCAGCUUCCUGAAGACAGACGCAUGAGCUGUUCCGAGGGAUAUCUGAGCAUGGUGAUUCAGGAUAUGUGCAAGAGACAGGAGACCACACCUAUCAAUGACCAGGUUUCCCACUGCUGCAGCGACUCCUACGCUUACAGGAGACCCUGCUUCACUGCCAUGGGUGUAGAUACCAAAUACGUGCCUCCAGCAUUUAACCCAGACAUGUUCAACUUCGAUGAAAAACUCUGCACUGCUCCUGCUGAUGAACGGGAAAUCGGGCAGAUGAAAUUGCUCAUCAACCUCAUUAAACGCAAGCCCCAGAUGACAGAAGAACAAAUAAAGACAAUUGCUGAUGGGUUCAGUGCCAUGGUAGAGAAGUGCUGCAAGCAAACAGAUAUUGAUACAUGCCUUGGCGAAGAGGGUGCAAACCUAAUAGUCCAGAGCAGAGCCACACUAGGAAUCGGCGCGUAAUACGUGGAUGCCAGUGGGAAAAAUAACGAAGAAAAAAAAUACUUCUGUGUAACUUCUCCCGCCCAUUACCUUUUUUCCUUUGGUAUUGAAUGAGUAUUUCAUAAAUCUUCAGUGUUUUGUCAAGCCACAGACUUUUCCAGAAAAUGUUCAAUUCCAAUACUUUGAAAAAAAAUGAAUAAUAAAUAAAAGCUUUAUAAAUCUGCA